AGCCGCAGCCGCAGCGAGGUCGGCGGGCAGGAGCGCACGGAGGUGGCGCCAGCCGGGCCGGGUGCGGGCUCCUUGCGGCGGGUCCCAAGUGGGUCCGGUCCGAGCCCCGUGGGAGGCUCCCGGAGCGCAGCUUGGCCCAGCCCACCCGCGCCGGCGGCCAUGGCGGGCACCCUGGACCUGGACAAGGGCUGCACGGUGGAGGAGCUGCUCCGUGGUUGCAUUGAAGCCUUCGUUAGAUGACUCCGGGAAGGUGCGGGACCCGCAGCUGGUACGCAUGUUCCUCAUGAUGCACCCCUGGUACAUCCCUUCCUCUCAGCUGGCGGCAAAACUGCUCCACAUCUACCAACAAUCCCGGAAGGACAACUCCAGUUCACUGCAGGUGAAAACAUGCCAUCUGGUCAGGUACUGGAUCUCAGCGUUCCCAGCGGAGUUUGAUUUGAAUCCUGAGCUCGCUGAGCAGAUCAAGGAGCUGAAGGCUCUGCUAGACCAAGAAGGGAACCGCCGGCACAGCAGCCUCAUCGACAUCGAGAGCGUCCCCACCUACAAGUGGAAGCGGCAGGUGACCCAGAGGAACCCGGUGGAACAGAAAAAGCGCAAGAUGUCCCUGUUGUUUGACCACCUGGAGCCCAUGGAGCUGGCGGCCCAUCUCACGUACUUGGAAUAUCGCUCCUUUUGCAAGAUCCUGUUCCAGGACUAUCACAGUUUCGUGACUCACGGCUGCACUGUGGACAACCCGGUCCUGGAGCGAUUCAUCUCCCUCUUCAACAGUGUCUCGCAGUGGGUGCAGCUCAUGAUUCUCAGCAAGCCCACAGCCCCGCAGCGGGCCCUGGUCAUCACACACUUUGUACACGUUGCAGAGAAACUCCUGGAGCUGCAGAAUUUCAACACGCUGAUGGCAGUGGUCGGGGGCCUGAGCCACAGCUCCAUCUCCCGCCUCAAGGAGACCCACAGCCACCUGAGCCCGGAGACCAUCAAGCUCUGGGAAGGUCUGACAGAACUAGUGACGGCCACUGGCAACUAUGGCAACUACCGGCGCCGGCUGGCAGCCUCCGUAGGUUUCCGCUUCCCCAUCCUGGGUGUGCACCUCAAGGACCUGGUGGCCCUGCAGCUGGCACUGCCUGACUGGCUGGACCCCGCCCGGACACGCCUUAACGGGGCCAAGAUGAAGCAGCUCUUCAGCAUCCUGGAGGAGUUGGCCAUGGUGACCAGCCUUCAGCCCCCAGUGCAAGCCAACCCCGACCUGCUGAGCCUGCUGACGGUGUCUCUGGAUCAGUAUCAGACAGAGGAUGAGCUCUACCAGCUGUCCCUGCAGCGGGAACCGCGCUCCAAGUCCUCGCCAACCAGCCCCACAAGCUGCACGCCGCCUCCCCGGCCCCCAGUGCUGGAGGAGUGGACCUCAGCUGCCAAACCCAAGCUGGAUCAGGCGAUCAUGGUGGAGCACAUCGAGAAGAUGGUGGAGUCUGUGUUCCGGAACUUUGACGUCGAUGGGGAUGGCCACAUCUCACAGGAGGAGUUCCAGAUCAUCCGUGGGAACUUUCCUUACCUCAGCGCCUUUGGGGACCUCGACCAGAACCAGGAUGGCUGCAUCAGCAAAGAGGAGAUGGUCUCCUACUUUCUGCGCUCCAGCUCUGUGCUGGGCGGCCGCAUGGGCUUCGUACACAACUUCCACGAGAGCAACUCUUUGCGCCCGGUCGCCUGCCGCCACUGCAAGGCCCUGAUCCUGGGCAUCUACAAGCAGGGCCUCAAAUGCCGAGCCUGUGGUGUGAACUGCCACAAGCAGUGCAAGGAUCGCCUGUCAGUUGAGUGCCGGCGCCGGGCCCAGAGUGUGAGUCUGGAGGGGUCUGCACCCUCACCCUCACCCACACAUACCCACCAUCGCGCCUUCAGCUUCUCCCUGCCCCGCCCUGGCAGGCGAGGCUCCCGGCCUCCAGAGAUCCGAGAGGAGGAGGUUCAGACGGUGGAGGACGGUGUGUUUGACAUCCACUUGUAAGAGAUGCUGUGACUGGAUCAAGCACUCAUGCCUGCCUUGGAGAAAAUACUUGGACCAGAGCAGGGAGCCUGGGGUGCUGAGGCAGCAGGCUGGGGCUGGGGGGCGGGGUGUGGGUGGCAUGCGGCUGAGGGCAGGGCCAGGGCUGGUGUCCCUAAGGUUGUACAGAUUCUUGUGAAUAUUUGUAUUUCCCAGAUGGAAUAAAAAGGCCCGUGUAAUUAA